UCCCAUCACACAAGAAAGUUGUCUCUCGACUUCUCUCUUUUCUGCAGUUAUCCUGGUAUGGGGAAACUCUGGGUUGAAGUUUGCUUGAUAUCUGCACGAGGGCUUCGACGUUCAUCGUCCCUGUGGAAGCUUCAAUGGUAUGCUGUGGGGUGGACUAAUCCCAAUAACAAGUACUGCACCAAGAUUGAUGCAUCUGGAAAUGCAAAUCCUGUAUGGAAAACCAAGUUUGCUACCUUGGUUGAGGACGCGGAAUCUAAACUGAAUGAUUUGGCUCUGCACAUUGAAGUCUAUAGUAGAGAGCCUAUAUUCCUCAGAGAAAGGCUGCAGGGGACAGCUACUAUUCUGUUGAAAGAGUUUCUGGCUAAGCAUAACAAGAAUUCUGAGAAUUCAAGGCAUGGAGCUGAAGAAGUUGGGAGCUACCAAUUGCGAAAAAAGAAUUCCAACAAACCUCAAGGUUUUGUUGAUGUUUCAAUCCACAUUUCUGAAGAUAUGGAAGGGAGGAGCUCAUACACAGGAAAUGAGGGAGGACCUGGGGAGUACAGCAAUACUAUCACCUUGGCUACCGGAGAUGGGUCUACACCAGCAUUUCUACCUUUUACUCCACAAAAGAGACCAGAACAUCAGUUCCAAAUGAAUUCUCCGUAUACAAAUGCAAUGCCUCCGACUACAAACUAUUCAAAACCAUCUGCAUAUGGACCAAGCUACACACCAGCUAGCGGAACAAGCUACCCGCCAGCAACCGGACAGAGCUACCCGCCAGCAAGUGGACCAAGCUAUCAGCCAUCUAGAACUCCUCCACCGCCUCCACCACCUUCCAACGUGGGGUAUAUACCUACUUUUCUCCCAAGGACAGACCAAAUGCCUGAGAGCUAUAUCAAUAUGCCAUCAUCAUCUGGAGCACCACAUCCUGGUCGUGGAACUCGAGCUGGAGGACCUGGUUUUGCAAUGGGAAUGGGUGCUGGGGCCCUGGCAGCCGGUGCUGUGAUCUUCGGUGAUGACUUUAUGUCAGGAUUUGAUGUUCCUUCAGGCUUACAGAAUGCUAGUGUUACUAUAUCGGCUGAUCCUCCUUUCUAA